UCUUCUCUCUUGUCCCUGUGAUCCAAGUCCUGUGAUAGUUCCCCUUAUAUAUUUACCAAUACUGGGCAAUUCGUCACUUGGGCAGUAACCAUAGCAACCAGUUACUAUCUUUGAAUAAUGAAAGGAAAUGUUUGGUUACCAUAGGUAACUGCCAGCGAAUAACACGAUUCCGUAAACAUAUCGAAAUCAGUACAAUAGGACGACCAUCUUUUCCAUCUAUUAGAAAGUUGUAAAUAGGGUGAGGGUAAGUUUAACAAUUCCUUCUACUUAUGGACCAGACAAGGUCCUACUGGGUCCGGUCCCGCACACCUAUUGUUGGCCUAUAAUCCGCGGGGCAUCAUGGGAGGUCGAGAGCGGUGAUUACGCUGUGGGAGCCAGAAGCGAAGCUGAUUUGCUGAUUCUUGAGAGAAGUGGCGUGAAACCGACGUGUUUAUUUCACCAGUUGCUCGAUUGCACUUCCUACCUCCAUUCGUCGCUCUGCAUUCUCAUUGUUGGCCUGUCGCUUGGCAGCUGCCCCGGAAGUUGUCUCCGGGGCCGGUUCAGCUCCGGUGAAGUCUCCGCCGGAUCCCGCGGCGGGCUAAAGGGACUGAGCUUCGGGGUGGGGGGAGAAGCGCGGGGUUGCUGUGCGUCGAUGAGGCUCCUUGAGGAGAAAAGCAUCUCAAGGAUGGAAAUUGAGGAUUACAAUGGGCGCUCCUACAUGUCCGGAAGCACCUUUCCUACUGUGGUCGGUCAUAAGCUGGAGUCUAUAUUCUACUCAUCAACUGUUGCAGCUCUUGAUCGACCAAAAGCUGGAGAUUCAUCGCUGGAAAAGGAUUUUUCAGAUGCGCUUAUUGGCCCCACUGUAAGCACCCCAAAUAGCCGGCAUUCAUCACCAAGCCGCUCACGGAGUGCAAACUCUAUUAAAGUAGAGAUGUACAGUGACGAUGAGUCUGGGCGCCUACUUUCCCAUGAAGACCGUCUGAGCGAGAAGGAAGAUGAGAUAAUGGGGGAUGACUCACUGGUUGAGCCUCUGGGCUACUGCGAUGGUCCUGGACAAGACCCUCACUCUCCAGGCGGCAUCCGCCUCCCAAACGGGAAGUUGAAAUGUGAUAUUUGUGGAAUGGUAUGCAUUGGACCUAAUGUGUUGAUGGUGCACAAAAGAAGUCACACAGGUGAGCGUCCUUUUCACUGUAACCAGUGUGGUGCCUCAUUCACUCAGAAGGGGAAUCUCCUACGGCACAUAAAACUGCACUCGGGUGAGAAGCCCUUCAAAUGCCCAUUCUGUAACUACGCUUGUCGUCGUCGGGAUGCACUUUCGGGUCACCUGCGCACGCAUGCUGUCUCCUCCCCCACAGUCGGCAAGCCUUACAAAUGCAACUACUGUGGCCGUAGCUACAAGCAGCAGAACACACUGGAAGAACACAAAGAGCGCUGCCACAACUAUUUGCAGAGCCUCAGCAAUGAAGCCCAGCACUUACCUGCACAUCCAGGUGAGGAGAUUCGAGAGCUGGAGAUGGGACCAGAUGCCAUGAUGCACCCCUCCUCUGACCUGCCGUCUUUUAUGGACAGGCUGGCAUGCAACCUCACAAAACGCAAGCGCUCCACUCCUCAAAAAUUUAUGGGGGAGAAGCAGAUGCGACUCAGCCUUGCUGAUCUCCCAUAUGAAAUGAACUCCAGCUUUGAAAAGGAUGUGGAGAUUGUGUCCCACCACCCUUUGGACACUGCUUAUGGCAAUUCUUUGGCAUUUGUGGGAGGUCCUAUGCGCUUACCACCAACAAACUGCAUUUCAGAAAUUACUCCUGUCAUUAGCUCUGUGUAUACCCAACUCCAGCCCAUGCAAGGACGGCCAGACAUGCCAGGAAACAGAGAAGCAGCGGAGGGCCAUGAGGACAUCCCAGAUGGAACACAGAUACAUUACAGAGGACGUAGUGAACAUGGGGCUUCCCCUACUAAUGGCUGCCAGGACUCAAAUACAGACACAGAAAGUAACCAUGAAGAGAGGGGAUCCCAGGCUACCAGCAGCCGGCAAAGCCCGGCCUAUGCCAAAGAGGACCAGAGACCAUCUGAUGGAGGGUUGCUUUUACCUUCACGAUCUAUGCCUGGCACAGCCAAAGAAUCCCUGAGGGUGCUGGGAGAGGAUGGGGUGCAAGUGAAGGUAUUUAAAUGCGAACACUGCCGGGUACUUUUCCUAGACCACGUCAUGUUUACUAUCCACAUGGGUUGCCAUGGUUUCAGAGACCCUUUUGAGUGCAAUAUCUGUGGUUACCACUGUCAGGACCGGUACGAGUUUUCAUCUCAUAUCGUGAGAGGCGAGCACAAGGUUUAACAGUGGAGACGGAGUAAAUGAAAUCAUGUGCAAAAAGAGCACUGUUUUUUACGAGCCUUGAAAACUGCUGCCCCAUUUCCAAUUUUAUUUUUUGUUUCUUUGUAAAGAGACAUUCUAAGCACUUUCCAUUGUUUUUAAAUCUCUUAAUCAAAUUUAGCACUAACAUUAUCUGCAGAAACGUUCUACCAUAGAGAACUACAAAUAGGAUUCAUGCAAGGAUUAGUAUCUCUGUACAAAGCUUAAAAGGGAAAGCAUAACCAAAAAUAAAUCAGGCUUGACUGAUACUAAGUAUAUAUUAUCCUAUGACAUUACAUAUUUAUUAUCCUUCUUAGUUUUCCUGUUUAGUGGAUAUUCACCUUUUUUUUUGAUUCCCUAUUAUGCCCCAUUAGUGCAAAUGAGAGCACAUAUAUGACACACAGGUGCCUGCUUUGCAUUCACAAUAAUAAACAGUGCUACAAAACAAAUUGCAGGUAAAAUACAUCCACUAUACUUAAUGCCUUCACAGGUUUCUUUCUCCUUAGACUUAUUUAAGCUUAACUUAUUUUUGGUAACACUUUCCCUUUACUAUAAAGGCACAUGAGCAGAGCUAAAAAAAACAAUGUCGGACGUUCUGCUUUAUUUUAAUCAAAAGGUGGCAAGGCACUCUUGGAGCGCUUGUCAAGUAACACUGUUGCAGGAACUCACAAGCUUGGCUUAAGCCUUACUUUGAUUGGUUCAUUCAAUUAAAGUGCCUUGUUGUCUUUAAGGGGUACACAUGUGGUUGCAGAAGAGCAUAGUUUUUGCUUAGUCAAACUUCCUGAUGCUCCACAGAGGAGAAGCUGACAUUCUACAACAUAAAGUUGUUCUAAUGCAAAGUAGCUCGGAGUCUGUUACCCCCUACUAAUGCACACAUCUCACCAGAUGUCUCCAGCAUGGUCCAGUGAAGAAGGAGGGCAGCCCAAGUUUAAGAUAAAAUUUGGGAAAAUGAUGCCCUUUUAUAGUGUACUCUGGGAAAGGAAUGGGAAACUAUUCUACAAAAUAAAACCUCUUUACUCCUCAGCACUCAGACCAGUGGUGCUGUAAACCUCCUCUAUACCCUGUACUUUUUCUCUUUUGCACUGACUGUAAACAAAAAUAAGAGAGAAAAAAAGCUAAAGACUAAGUACCCCCUAAAGGGGUGACGUUUUGACAAGAAAAAUCCUUUUUUUUUUAUCUGGCAAUUAUUUGAUUUUCCAUAGUUACACUUUUGUCUCCCUUUAGCUGCCUGAUUAAUGUUCAAUUUGCUGCAGCGUUACACUACCUCUUGCAGUAAAACAACAUGAAUUCUAGGGUUUCCGCUUUUAAUUUGCCCUCUUUCCCCCUGCUGACUUAUGUACUGGUAUUUUUUUUUUUUGUGUGUGUGUUGCAUGUCGAAACACACACAGCCUGAUCUUGAUCAGGAACCAACAAUUUCCAUUUCAAGGCUUUGGAGUGAAAUCUGACCAGAGCAUGAUAAUCACUGUAAUACCAGCUAUGCAUUAAAUGUUGCUGUACAGUUAUGCUUUGCUAUUCUCCUAGGAAACAAAAGUCUUAUGGUGAGUUGGCAAUUCAAAUUUAUGAUCGCUCCAUUAUUGCUAUGUUGAAUUUGUUUUUAGUUUAACUUGCGCUGUAAUAUCCUGAAGCAAUUCACAACCCUACUAAAUAAGGCAGAUGUGCAUGUUACAUUGCAUUAUUCCUUUUUAGUUUACAUAUUGAUUCCUCAAAUCAUGUAAACAACGAGCAUAUUGCAUGCUUUUAUUUCCUGAAUAGGAUAGAGAGCGUAAAGUAAAUUCAACCCCAUGCUUCAUAGAAUUUGUUUAUAAGUUUUUCCACUGUUAAAAAUGUGGGAAAACUUUUCUUUUCCCAGCUAUGCAGAAAUAAGAUCAAUGUAUGGCAGCAUCACUGUGUUUCCUUCUGAUUAUUUUUGGGAUUUAUCUCUCUGGCCCUUUGGUUAUUGAAUAGUAUUCACUAUCCCCCAAAUGUCUUCUUCACUUCUAUAAUUUAAUACCUUAAGUGGAUAACAUUUAAUUCUUUAAGGAUUUGAUUUAGAAUUUGUUCCUAUUAAAGGAGAAGGAAAGUCUUCUUGCACUAGGGGGUGCCAAAUGUUAGGCACCCCCAAGUGAUUGUGUUUACUUAGCUAAACCCCUGGGCCAGUGUUCCUAUCCGCAGAAAACUGCAACGGCCCUGGGUUAUUUCAGCGAGCACCACAGAGCGAUCCUUCCAGUUUCUUCUUUCUUCAAAUUUCCCGGGGCCGACGCAUGCGCAGUAGAACGAAAUAGUCGACUUUUUGUUAAAGUUCAGGUUUUCGCUCUGCUGCACAAAGAGAGAAGAAGCUGGAAGAGGAUCGUCCGUGGUGCUCGCUGGAAGAAUCCCAGGCUGGUGCAGUUUUCUGCUGAUAGGAGCACCGGCCGGGGGUUUCAGGUAAGUAAAUGCAAUCACUUGGGGGUGCCUAACAUUUGGCACCCCCAAGUGCAAGAAGACUUUCCUUAUUCUUUAAAGCCCUGUUUAAUGCAAAAUGUGCUUUAUAUCACAUGCACAGUGGCUGAAUUGCUCCUAAACUGUAACUUCGGCUUCCUAACCACAUACCUUUUAUCUGCAACAGUUUCUCCAGUGAUUAUGUAUUUAUUUUAAAAACUUUCAGUUUAAACUUAGUAGUACGUGACAGCCGUUGGACACUUCCAUUACAUACAAUUUUAAAAACGAAGCAUAUUAUCCAUAUAACCAAGUUCAAUGUGAAUUUUCAGCAGAAGUUCUUUAUUUACAUGUGGGAUACACAGAACUAAUCAUCCUCCCUGCUGCUUUAAACCAAAGGUGGUUGAAUUGUUUUUUUUUUUUUUAUUUCAAUCAAAGCAACACAAAACACCUCCAAAAAUCUGUUCUUUACAGGCAAUUUGUCUUGUAAGGCUAUGUACAAAAAGUUUUGGCACCUCUGAAAACGAAACAUAUAUGGUGACUGAAUGAGAAAGCAGUUAUAAGUGUUAUCCUACACUGUGAUUGCUCAUCUGCAGAUGUAAAUACAGAUGUAAAUUAUUCACUAAUAUAUUUUAUUUCCCCAGCAAAAGUUUAAAUGAGGGAACACUAACAUUAAAGGGGUCUCUGCAAAGUUGCAGCUCUGACUGAAAGGCCACAAUCUGUUCUUUUAAUUUACUGCUUCUCCAGUUCUUAGCAACACUACAGUCUUACACCAGCAAUGUAAUUGUAAGUAUAUGGGGUUUUUACACAAGGUUAAACUGUGAAAUUGUCAUGAUGAUAUAUGAUCUAUGGUAUGGAAUGCUUAUUUUGAGUGUAAGUAUUACCAGUGCACAUGAAGGGGUAGACCUUAGUAUUUCCUUUCCACAUCAGUAUUCCCAUACAUCUUAAUGGAUAUUGAAUACACCACUAAUAUAAUUGCUUUCUUGUUCAGAUCAUAUAUUUGCAUAUUAGCUUUGAUCCCAGAAGCUGGACUAUUUUCCACUUUCUGUGGCUGUUUUAUGUGAUAGCAACAUUUGGAAUAUAUCUCUCCUUCCUCCAUGUCUAGUUAUACAUUCGGUUUUCUAUAGUGAUCAAAUCAAACACAAGAAAUACUACACCCCCAAGUAUAAAUAUGAAACCAAAAGCUUUAAUCGCAAAUAAAAAGCAGAAAUUGUAUUUAUAGGUUAUAUUUUUCCCUUCAAAUGGAAAUAUACUUUGUUUAUAGCCAGUGUUAAUCUUCCAUUUAUGGCAAUGGCACAAAAAAAUGGCAGUCAAAAAAACUGUGCACCUAGUGAGGAAUGAAGUGGGUUUGCCUAAAUGGACAGUUAUCUGACGAAAUGUAUUAGUGCAGAGGUUUGGGUGAGAACUGCCCAUUUUAUAUCAA